GGUCGGCUCUUUGAUCUUUUUUAUUUUUUCCUUUUUUUUUCAUCUGGUUCUGGUUCUGGUUCUGGUUCUGGUUCUGGUCCUCAGGAGUCCUGGACGCACGGAUCCGGGUGUGAGUGUGGAUUUAAAGCUGCAGACAGAACUUGGUCCUGAACAGAACCCGGUCCGACCCGGUCUCUGUGGGUUUCAGCUCAUAAAAUGCAGGUUCUGGUUCUCUUGGUUCUGAACUUGCUCACCUGCGGGGCCGUCCCGAACCGGCUCUGGGGCAGCGGCUGGAACGGAACCGGUCCCGGCGGGGCAGCUGUUUGCGGGCCCUGCGAACCGGACCUGUGUCCCGAGUCCCGCGGCUGCCGGGCCGGGCUGGUUCCGGACUCGUGCGGCUGCUGUCAGGAAUGCGGGAACCUGGAGGGUCAGGCGUGCGACCCGGGGGACCGGAACCUGUUCUACGGUCUGUGCGGGACCGGGCUGCGGUGCCAGGCGGACCCGGGUCCCGCAGGACCAGGAGGAGAGGAUGAAGAGGAGGUGUGUGUCUGUGAGGACCAGGAGCCGGUCUGUGGGACUGACGGAACCACAUACCUGAACAUGUGUCAGUUCAGAGAGGCCGCCUUCUCCGAACCCGAGCUCCGGACCAGAGGGAGGGGGCCCUGCCGGACAGCCCCCGUCAUCAAGGUCCCACCUCAGGACCAGGUGAACGGGUCUGGCAGCAGUCUGAUUUUCCUCUGUGAGGUCUUUGCAUUCCCGAUGGCUCAGGUGGAGUGGAAGAAGGCGGGACGAGACGUCAUCUUACCUGGAGACGACCCUCACAUCUCUGUCCAGUCGAGGGGCGGUCCUCUCAAGUUUGAGCUCUCCAGUUGGCUUCAGAUUGAGGGGGCGGAGCUAAGUGACUCUGGAACCUAUCACUGCACAGCUCACAACAACCAGGGGUCUGUCUCUGCCGCCGCUGUCCUGGAGGUCCUGAGAGCAGAGGAGCUGUCGUCCUACCUGUCCAACAGUGUGUCUGAGAUGAAACAGCUGAUGGACGACUAUGACCAGGACUUAUACUGACCUCCACAUGAUGUCACUUCCUGUGUGUCCAGCAGACUUUUAUUUUGGCGAAUACAGGACAGAGUGGAUGAUGUAAUUCCUCUUCACGUUAUCUACUGGUGUCACGGCGGCUCAGCGGGUUGAGUGUCUGCUGGAAGUCGCAGGUUUGAGCCUCAGACUCGUCUCUGUGUUCAGGUCAAAUCUCUGUUUCUUUAAAAAAAACAUUUGUUUCAAACAGGAAGUGGUUCAGGUCCAGAUUAUUUGUUGAUUCUUCAGACUUCCUGUCUGUUCUGACCUCAGCUCAGGACCAGUCCUGCUCUGGGUUCAGUUUUAUUUAUUUAUGCAUAAAGUGAGCGUACGCUGUGCAGUGAUGCAUGCUGGGACACAAGCUGUGACCUGCUGCUGCUGGACUUGGAUUAAAAUGUUGUUUUAGUCCCAGUUAUUACAUAAUCUGAUACAUUUAAAAAUGUUUAAUUUGAAUUGAUUCAUAUAUUUUUAUUGUUUCAUGAGUCACUAUGAUAAUAAAGAUUUGCUUUAACCUGUAA